AUGGCCGACGAGAUCAAUGGCGGAACAUCCAUGGACUCCACCGAAUCGCGCUGGGUUUUCCAUGACGACGACGACAAUGACGACUCGGAUUUGGAGAACUUCGAUGCGGAUUUGAGAUGUGGACGCCACGCGGCCAUCGUCGAUUCCGAGGAGGAAGAGGACAACGCGGAGCAAAGACUCAUCCGCACUGGUCCUCGCAUCGAUUCCUUCGACGUGGAGGCUCUUGAAAUUCCCGGUGCUCACAGAAGUGACUAUGAGAAAUAUGACCUGCUCCACAAAUGGAAAAUAAGAGGAAGGAAAUUGGGUAUGGAACACAUGAUUCUAGCUGCCGACUACAUUCACGGACAAGAAAGAGUGAAAGACAUCAGUGUGGGUAAGAAAAUUGUAUUGGCUUUUCAGACACUUGGUGUUGUCUUUGGUGAUGUUGGAACAAGUCCUUUGUAUACCUUCAGUGUUAUGUUUAGAAAAGCCCCUAUUAAUGGAAAUGAAGACAUUAUUGGAGCUUUAUCGCUCGUCUUGUACACCUUAAUCUUGAUUCCUUUAUUGAAGUAUGUCCUGGUGGUUCUGUGGGCCAAUGAUGAUGGUGAAGGUGGUACUUUUGCCUUGUACUCCUUGAUCUGUCGUCAUGCCAAUGUGAGUCGACUCCCCAAUCAGUUACCAUCAGAUGCACGAAUAUCAAGCUUUAGACUGAAGGUGCCAUCCCCUGAGCUUGAAAGGUCAUUAAAAAUCAAGGAAAGACUUGAGAAUUCUCUGACUCUGAAGAAGACUCUACUAAUAUUAGUUCUUGCUGGUACUUCUAUGGUGAUUGCUAAUGGUGUUGUUACACCGGCAAUGUCAGUACUGUCAUCUGUUGGCGGUUUAAAAGUUGGGGUAGAUGCAAUCAAGAAAGAUGAAGUGGUGAUGAUUUCAGUUGCCUGCCUUAUCAUUUUGUUCAGUGUACAGAAGUAUGGGACAAGUAAAGUGGGACUUGCAGUAGGACCUGCUUUGUUCUUAUGGUUUUGUUCUCUUGCGGGCAUUGGGGUAUACAAUCUUUUGAAGUAUGACAAUAGUGUCUUAAGGGCAUUUAAUCCAAUUCAUAUCUACUAUUUCUUCAAGAGGAACUCAACUAAAGCAUGGUAUUCUCUUGGGGGUUGCCUACUGAGUGCAACUGGUAAACACAUUAUUGCAAGAUCUUGA